CUACUACCUCACAAGAAAGUCACAGACGUGGAUUCAUAAGCUAUCACCACUGUUCUCUACUCCUACCACCUUAAUAGUCUCAGUCUCAAGGACUACGUACGAACAACGAAACAAGGAAUUCCCUCUCUGUAUCUAUGGCUAGGGUGGCGCGUGCAAUUCACUGUCAGCUGAAUGUAGAGAAACCUGCCGUUUUGAGGAGAGAUUCUGCUGUUUCAGUUCAGGCUCCAGCUCCAAAGAUCAAGCAGGGUGAAACGGAAAAUACGAAGAUUAUGCUGCAGCCGAGGUUGUGUACGCUCAGAUCGUACGGUGAGGAUCGUUUUGGGGUUGUGAAAAUGAAAAGGGACGGUGGGGAUGAGGUGUCGCCUUUUUUUGAUACGUUAUCUGAUUAUAUUGAAAGCUCUAAGAAGAGUCACGAUUUUGAGAUCAUUUCUGGUCGUCUAGCAAUGAUUGUGUUUGCUGUAACUGUGGCAACAGAGGUGGUGACAGGAAACUCUGUUUUCAGAAAGAUGGACUUACAAGGCAUUGCUGAAGCAGCUGGCAUAUGCUUAGGCGCUGUAACUAGCGCUGCGGUUUUCGCUUGGUUUUCCAGUGCUCGCAACAGGGUAGGUCGUAUCUUCACUUCAAGUUGCAACACAUUUAUUGAUUCACUAAUUGAUGAGAUUGUUGAUGGCUUAUUCUACGAAAGCGAGCUCAGCGACUGGUCUGAUGAUAUCUGAAAUCUCAAAUUUAUAGUUUAAAAUAAUGGAUUCUGCUCUCACAUAUAUAGUUGAGGAUGUUGAAUGUGAGAGAUACGAGUCCAAGGGAUUUGGAUUCCCAUUUUGAAGAUACAUAUAUAUAUAUAUAUAUAUUUAUAUAUAUAUAACACAAAUUUAAUUAGAGUUACAAAUUAAAUUGUGGUUAUACUGAUGUCUGAUGUUAAUUAAGUGUUACUAGCAAAUAAAAUAUUUUACAAAUGUUCCUAUUUGUGUAAUUUUCAAUGAUAUUUAUAGGGUUUGAUCUCAUGAAUGCUAAAUUCUGUAAAUUUACUUGUUUGUUGGCUCUGCUGCUACUAUGGAGACAGGAGCUCAUAUUUAAUUCACUAGAUGUAUACUAAUCAUUGAAAUUAAAUAAAGAGUAUGAGUCCAUGCUUA